UCGAGUAGAGCCGAUGGACAACAGCACCAAGUCACGAACUCUAGCUAUAUAAUGCCACCGCAUCCAGUGCUGGCCAGCCGGAGAGCACACUGAAGCUCGCCGCAUCAAGCAGUAGGGGCUAGCAAGCCAUGGCUCGUGUCGCCGCCAUAGUGGUGCUGGUGCUCCUCCUGCAGCUGGCCUCCUCCUCGUACCUCGUCGCGGCCCACGCCGAUGCUGUCAGCGUGCUUGGCCGCAAGGCCGGCGUCGUCGACGAGCCUCCCUUGGAGAACGCGCCGGCGGUUGGGCCGGGGAGGUACGCCGUCAUCUUCGACGCCGGCAGCACGGGGAGCCGAGUGUACGUUUUCAGGUUCGACAGGCAGAUGGACCUUCUCCGCAUCGGCGAUGAGAUCGAAUUCUUCGCCAAGGUGAAACCAGGCCUGAGCUCGUAUGCUGGACAGCCUCAAGAGGCCGCAAAGUCCAUUCUGCCUCUUCUUGACAAGGCUAAGCGCAUUGUCCCUUCAUGGCUUAUGAAAAGGACACCACUGAAGCUUGGAGCAACUGCUGGAUUACGCCUCAUCGGAAACCAACAAGCAGACCAAAUUCUUGAUGCGGUCAGAGAUCUUGUCCACAAAAAGAGCAAAUUCCAGUGCAAGUCCAACUGUAUCAAUGUUCUUGAGGGAUCUCAGGAAGGAUCCUACCUAUGGGUUGCUCUGAAUUAUUUGUUGGAUAAACUGGGAGGGGACUAUUCCCAGACGGUAGGCGUGAUUGAUAUGGGUGGUGGAUCGGUGCAAAUGGCCUAUGCUGUUUCUUCAUAUUCUGCUGCGAGAGCUCCCGCUGUGCCUGACGGCGAGGAUCCCUAUAUUACCAAAGAGUAUUUUAAAGGAAAAGAGUACAAUGUAUAUGUUCACAGCUACUUGCACUAUGGUUCCUUUGCAUCACGAGCGGAGAUUUUGAAGUCCAAGAAUGGACCAUUCAGCUUCUGCAUGCUGCGCGGAUUUAGUGGUAAAUACACCUAUAAUGGACAGCAAUACGAUGCAAUUGCUAGACCAGAAGGAGCAUUAUAUGAAAAAUGUAGGGAAGAGAUCACCAAGGCACUGAAUCUGAAGGCACCAUGCAAGACAAAGAACUGCACCUUCGGUGGUGUGUGGAAUGGGGGAGGUGGAGCUGGACAAAACAAUAUCUACGUUGCAUCAGGCUUCUACUACCUUGCCUCACAUGUUGGGUUCAUAGAUAGCAAAGCUCCCAGCGCGAAGGCCGCUCCUGCCGCAUUCAGGGCUGCUGCUAAGAAGGCUUGCCAAUUGGAUGUCAAGAAAGCAAAAGUUGCCUACCCAAAUAUUUCUGAUAGUGAUGUGCCAUACUUGUGUAUGGAUCUUACUUACACGUACACAUUGCUCGUUGACGGCUUCGGUCUGCAGCCAAUGAAAAAGAUCACAUUUGUAUCCAAGGUGAAGCAUGGCGAGUACUACAUGGAAGCCGCCUGGCCUCUGGGUACUGCUAUUGAGGCUGUGUCACCGAUACUAAACGGUGAUUAAACAGGAUAAAUGGCUGAUUAAAUGGACAUGGCAAGCCAUUGUGUAGCAUUUACAGGGUGUGUAAAUGGGCUAAGCCGCUAAGCGGUUGUGUAGGCGCAAACACACUACUGUUUUCUCUUGUGUUUAUAUUUUCCUAUAGCUCCACUAAUUAUCUAUCACAUUCUUGAGAUAGCUUGACAUCUAAAGAACUUAUGAGAAUGAUAAGAACCAUAGAAAUGUCGUUGUUGUAUAAAAGAUGAGUCUGAUAGCAAGUUUGGUGCUAUGAGAUUACACAGGGCCGCCUUCUUGUAAGAAAAAGACUACUUGGGUGGAAAUUUUGGUAUUGCCGCUGGACUUGGUGCUGGACCAAAUGCUGGUGCUAGUCUUGGUGCUGGACUAAGUGCUGGUGCUAGUUUUCCUCACCCUCUCCAUUAUCUAGGUGAACAUCUACUAGUGCUUUGCUGCAUGAAGCAUCUUCUGGUACUAAUCUGAAUGCUUCUUUGUAUGCAUGCCUUGAUAAUGACAACGUCGACCAGUACGACGAUAACUUCAGUGUCUUAGACUAGUGACAUGAUCACAAUGCAAAUUCAUCUAUCCUAUUGGAUGUUUUAACUAUGUUUGUUUCUACUAUAUCUGCAUUUAGUCUAAUGGUAGGAUCAUCAAGGAGAGGCGGCAUUGCUAAAUCUUGACAUGGUGGAGAUGCUGUCAUUAAUGAAAGAUUGGGAGCAAGGGGAUGGAAAACUCUGCACAACAUGGAGAUUUGGAGUCUUUGAAAAUAGAGUAAAGUCCAUUACCGGUCCCUAAAUUUAUACUCGCAAAUCGACCGUUUAAGUCCUUGAACUUGUUCGUCUAUGUCAUCCCGGUCCCUAAACUUGUUCCGUUGUGUCAUCCCGGUCAUCCUGGUCCCUAAAUAUAGAAAUCACUCGUUUAGGUUCUCAAAUUUGUUCAGUUGUGUCAUCCCAGUCUUUAAACUUGGUUUUGAGCUCAUCUAGUCAAAACAAAGUGAUCUAAAAACUCUAUAUCAAAAAAU